GUUUAUUUGUUGCAGUCUUGCCGACUCAAAAUAAAUCAGACUAAGCCGGACAAUUUACGGCAUAGGACAGACAUUACCCAUUUAACCGGUAAACAUGGCGGACGAAGUUGCAAUUUUGACAGCUCGUGCAAUUCAGGCUGAGGCCGAGAUAGCAGCACUAGAAGCAGAGAUCUCCCAGUUACAGGAUCCACAGAGACUGCUGGCCAAUGGUAUUGUCUCUCCCCAACUUGAGGCAUUACGUGUUGAAAAUGCUAAACUAAAGUUUCAAGUUUCACAUUUGGAGAGGAAUAUAGAGAAAGAGCAGCGUCGUAGCCCUGAUCACAUGGUCAGUAUAAAUCAGAUAGUGACUGACGUGUUUGCACUGGCCAUCCGUCAGGCCUUCCCUGAAGUUGAAGAUGCUGCCAUACUUAUACAGAAAGGAAAAUUUGCGGACUAUCAGUGUAACAGUGCAAUGAAUAUAUGCCAGAAAUUGAAAGCCCUUGGUAUUAAAAGUACACCACAAGAAGUUGCCAACAAAAUAAAGGACCAGCUACCAAAUGUGGACUUCUUUGAGAAGCUUGAGGUUGCUGGACCAGGAUUUAUCAAUGUGUAUUUACGGAAAGACUACGUUGCUGAACAGGUCAACAGCAUAUUAAGGAACGGAGUCAAGCCACCAAGAAUUCUGGCCAAGAAAAGAGUCGUCAUUGACUUCUCUUCGCCUAACAUCGCUAAACAGAUGCAUGUUGGGCAUUUGAGGUCAACAAUUAUAGGUGAAAGUGUAAGCCGUCUGCUGGAGUGGGUAGGACAUGAUGUUCUACGUUUGAACCAUCUUGGUGAUUGGGGCACCCAGUUUGGUAUGUUGAUAGCUCAUCUUCAAGACAAAUUCCCUGAUUACGUCACCAAAUCACCUCCCAUUGAAGACCUUCAGGCUUUCUAUAAGGAAUCGAAGAUACGUUUUGAUGAAGAUGAGACAUUCAAAAAGAGGGCAUACAAUGCAGUUGUCCAAUUACAAAAAUAUGAUCCAGAUCACAUGAAAGCAUGGAAUCUCAUUUGUGAUGUGUCUCGAAAAGAGUUUAAGAAGGUUUAUGACAGGCUUGGCAUAACAAUUGUUGAUCGAGGAGAGUCCUUCUAUCAGGAGCUCAUGAAAGAUGUGGUUCGCGACUUAGAUGAUAAAGGUUUUACUACAGUUGAAGAUGGAAGAAAAAUCAUGUUCGUUGAAGGUCAGAAAGUCCCACUUACAUUGGUAAAGUCAGACGGAGGCUACACUUAUGAUACAUCAGAUAUGGCAGCGAUAAAACAGCGACUGGAGGUAGAGAAAGGCACAUGGCUUAUAUAUGUGGUAGACGCUGGACAGGGCCCUCAUUUGGAACUAAUAUAUGCUGCAGCACAGAAAGCUGGCUACUACAGUCCCAAACUGAUACGGGUAGAACACGUAGCCUUUGGUGUUGUUCUUGGGGAAGACAAAAAGAAGUUCAAGACACGAUCAGGUGACACAGUACGGCUGAUAGACUUGCUAGAAGAAGGCCUGGCUAGAGCAGGACAGAAACUUAAGGAGAAGGAAAGGGACAAGGAACUAACGCCAGAAGAGCUGAAGGCAGCACAGGAGGCAGUAGCAUACGGCUGUAUAAAAUAUGCUGAUCUUUCUCACAACAGGAUUCACGACUAUGUUUUCUCUUUUGAUAAGAUGCUGGAUGAUCGAGGGAACACGGCUGCCUAUCUCCUGUAUGCAUACACUAGGAUAAGAUCAAUAGCUCGUACUGCCAAGGUGAGUCCAGAACAGAUUCAGGCAGGUGUCAACAAUGGUGGUGUUCAGCUGGACCAUGAGAAAGAAUGGAACCUGGCUAAAACUAUACUCCGGUUUUCCGAAGUGAUCUUGAAAUGUCUAGAUGACCUUCUACUCCAUAGCUUGUGUGACUACCUGUAUGAACUGUGUACAGCAUUCACAGAGUUCUAUGACAAGUGCUACUGUGUAGAAAAAGACAGAAAUACAGGUGAAAUAGUGAAAGUCAACAUGAGCCGCAUAUUACUGUGUGAAGCUACUGCGAGUGUUAUCAACAGCGGAUUUCAUAUCCUCGGGAUCACUCCCGUAUCCAGGAUGUAAUCUUUGGCAGCUUCAGGAUAAUUUCCAGCUCCUAGAUGUGUUUUACAAUCACUUUACAGAACUAUUUUUUCUCAAAUGAUAUUCAAAAUAUGAAUCGAUUCCUGAAUUACUUCUGAAACAUCUGUGUAUUUCCCGUAUAAAGUGGCAGUCAUGUAAUUUGAUGUUUUUUCACCCACUUACUAAAAACAACUGUGGUUAAAUCUUAAAGAGAUGUGGCUCCAGACUGUCAUUACAGUCUCAGAUUUUCAAAACUGGGUCUAAGGUUCUGAAACCAAAUUUGAAUACCCGUCUCUGAAUGAAGCUGUGCCAUUGGUUAAUUUCAAAUUUGAAUUUGGAAACCGCCAAUCAUAUGCUGGAGUAUUGAGACUGGUCUUCAAACUGUUUUACAAACUCAGACACAGAGGAGUCACUAAAAAUCAUACAGUAUUAUCUAAGUGCAAGUUCUUUGGAGAAAGCAGUGUGAGUAAAUUUACAAUAUCAUAUCAAUUCUUGGAAAUGGCAGUUGUAUAAACUAUAACAGUCCCUUUUAUAAUGUUACCAUAUUAUGCACCAUUUUACCACAAUCUACCAUUUAACACCACAAUCUGAUAUAGUUUAGGAGACUUUUUACUAUUCUACAAAUAAAAAUUGAAAAUACUCUUUUUUGAGAUAGGGAUUGGAGUGUUACACAAGAUAUUAUGGAUUCAAGUAGAAUUUUAUGGAACAUUAUACAUAUCCUGCAUAAUUGAUGAGCACAGACAAGAUGUGACAGAGAUUUAUUGAAGAUAACAUUAAAAGUUACAUUUUACUGGAAGAAAUUACGAAAAUUCUAGAUCCACCAACAAACACUUUCAAAAUUCGGUGUAUUAUGGUGUUUUGUGGUGUAUUUAGGUGUAUCUUGUUUCUGUGGCUGGUGGCAAAACUUGUAAUUCUUGUUUAUUGUAGUAAUAUACAUUUCGAAAUUUGCUCUUCUCUAUCAAUUUCUGUUUUCUUACCACUGUUUUUAAUUUAAAAUCAAGUACAGUUGCACCAAAUCUUAAUAGAUAUGAAAUAAUUUUUUUUACUUUUGAUGAUAUUUUGUUUAAAAACCAGCAAGAAUUGUCAUACCAUUAGAAAAGCUGCAAUCGCUUAAUUUAAAUAAAUAUAUUCUUUGGA